GGAGCGAGGCGCUGCUGGGCUGCGGGCGCUGCGGGUCAGGGGCGGCCGCUCAGCUAGGAGCGGGAGCAGCAGCAGCAGCAAUUGCAGCAGCUGCAGCAGCGCCUGCUGGAGACCGUGCUGCAUGGGAGCCCAAGGGGAAGGCUUCCCCCCGCAGGAAGUCGCCCAGAGGAGAAGGAGGGAGUGCCAGGAGGAAGUGAAGCCUCAGUAGACGCUCUCAUCCCUGGGCAAGGAAAGGAGACGCUCCGUGGGGCCUGCAGGCUUCCCUGCCCAGCCCCAGUGCCCCCGCGGCUGGGGAUGGCCGUGGACAAAGCCCCCGCGGCCUGGCCCUAGUGCCGCGGCCAGGUGCCCUUCUAGGGUCAGCCCAGGCCACUGACCCUCCGCCCCGCCUGAGGUCAAGAGCAGCAUGGCCUCGGGAGCGGGCCCGGCCUUCGAAGAGCUCCCCCAUGACGGCACGUGCGACGCCUGCGAGCCGGACGAGGCCGAGCGGGCGGUGCAGCUCUGUGACAGCUGCGGCUUCUGCUACUGCCAGCCCCAUGCCCGCGAGCACCGCCAGAGGUACCGCAGCCACCGGCUCUGGGACUACGGGGGCCCCGGCGGGGACCCCGGGGAGCCGGAGAAGCUGGAGAGGAAAAAGUGCUCCGAGCACGACCAGGAGCUGAGCCUCUACUGCAAGCAGGACGAGCAGCUCAUCUGCACGCUGUGCGCCGUGGCGGGCUCCCACCAGCACCACCCCCUCAGCACCUUAGACGAAGCCUACGAGACCAUGAGGAACAGAGAACCAGUGGAUCUGAAGGUGGCCAUGCUGGAGAUGGUGGAGAGGCUAAAAUUCAAGUGUGGGGACCCAAGAGUCAGCCGGAGCGAGAUGAAGGUCUGUAUCCAGCAGGAAUUUGACAAGGUUCGGCAGCAGGUCUGUGAGGAGGAGCGGAAGGCCCUUCACCUGGUAGACCUCCAGGAAGCCGUGGCCACAGCCCACAUGACGGAGGUCCUGGCUGAAAUCCACGUCCACAUGGAAAAGUUGAUGGCAGAGAUGGCUGAGAUCAGACACCAGCUCGAUGCCUUCAAUGAGCUGGCUUCGAUGAAACCAGAGAUCAGAGAUGAAGAAUUCAGACUCAAUCCUUUCCCGGCCAUCCCUCCAAACCGAGGGUCUCAUAGAUACGAUGAUGGUGACCCUUCAUCUGCCAAUGGGCCCUUCUGAGAGGCAGAAGCCAUCGAUUUGCUGGAUGGAGGAGAGCCUUGUCAGGAAAAUCCCUCAUCAACCAGCCCCCUAAGCAGGAAAACAUACAGGAGAAGAGGAAAAACCAAUGAAUGCUUGUUUGUGACAACAGCAACACAAAGCCUCCAUUAUUCAUACGUGUGUGAAUGCGUGUGUGUUUUCACCCUCCUACUUCUCCAUGACCUUCCCAACGAGAGCUGUGUCCUCAGCCCCUAGAUCUGUGACCCAGACCCAGAUGUGCGUCUCUCCCAGGGCUUGUGGUCUGCUAUGUGUCCUCCAGUUCUGCCGUGGUGGGUGUCAGGAGCAGUUCUAUGCCAGGGCUAGGGUAGAAGGGUCCUUUGUGAAAUCUCCCAGAAGCAAGUUCGCACUGACUCCAGGAAGGCUGUUCUCUUGAUGUGAGAAGAAACCAGUAGAAUCCAGAGGUAUCAGGGUUGGGCGGGGUGGGCUCUUUUGUCCCUACCCACCACUACCAACACCACCACCAAUAACAACAACGAGAAAAAAGUCACUUUGGUUCCAUUCCAUCGUGACAAAGUUGGAGCCAGUAGUGGAGCUCUUGUGUUAAUGUUCUCCAAAAGUCUGACCCUGGUGUUUUGAAAAGAUGUGGCCAUUAAUUAAGAUGGAUGCCUUUGCAAUGAAGGAAAGACAUAGCCAUGUGAGACUGAAAGAUACCCAGCUAUUUUUUCAAUGGUGGGAUUUCCCAGGACUUCUGUUUCUUAAUUCAGUGAGGAGAGAUUAACCCUUGACUUUGGUGAAAGUUUGCUUCUGUUAAUUGGCACACUAAUUGCCUGAGUCUUCAAGGUUACCUCUCAAAGUUUCCUAAAACCAUGUUUGUCGCCCGCAACCAGAUUGUACACCGAACGGGGAGGCGUGAAAUAACUUAUGACAUGGGCCAGGCGGAGUAGAAUU